AUGGUCCUUCUUGUUACUUCUGACAAUGAGCAGUACGUCGUCGACAAGGAGGUUGCCGAGCGCAGCGUUCUCAUCAAGAACAUGCUUGAAGAUGUCGGCGAGAGCGACCAGGCCAUUCCUCUCCCGAACGUUUCUUCCAGUGUGCUGAAGAAGGUUCUCGAGUACUGCGAACACCAUCGAGGCGAGCCUCUGCCAACUGCAGAGUCGGAGCAAAACCAAGACGAGACUCGCAAGCGGACGACCGAUAUCAGCGAGUGGGAUCAGAAGUUUAUCACAGUCGACCAGGAGAUGCUCUUCGAGAUCAUCCUCGCGGCGAACUACCUCGAUAUUAAGCCCUUACUCGACGUCGGGUGCAAGACCGUGGCCAACAUGAUCAAGGGCAAGACCCCUGAAGAGAUCCGGAAACUGUUCAACAUCGUCAACGAUUUCACCCCAGAGGAAGAAGCUCAGAUCAAAAAGGAGAACGAAUGGGCAGAAGAUCGUUAG